AUGUCCCAUACGGAGCCGAGCACGAUCUUUGGCUCGGGGCCCGGCCACGGCGCUCUAGGAAUCAGCUUUGUCGUAUUUAUUUCCAUCGCCCUCUACAAUGCCCUCGAGCUGACCGUCAUUAUCCCGCUGAGCUUCCACCGGUACAACACUUUAUAUUUCUGGGCGUUGAUGACAUCCGCCGUACUCGGUGUGAUCCCCUCGACCAUCGGACCGGCCUUGCAGUUCUUCGAUCUCAUACCGUUAUGGCUCAGCAUGCUGUUGUCGAAUGUGGGGUUUUGGAUGAUGGUCCCCAACCAGUCCGUGGUGCUUUACUCGCGAUUACAUUUGGUGUCACAGAAUAAACUGGUGCUUGCCUUCGUCCGCUGGUUGAUAAUAUGGAGUUUCUUCACGAUCGCCGUGCCAACGACUGUGUUGAACGUGGGCUCGAGCUACGUGCCGCAGUCGGUUGGAUGGGUGGACGGGUUCGAGGCAAUGGAACGCAUCCAGGUAACUUGGUUUGCCGUGCAGGAGACCUGCAUUUCCGUGAUAUAUAUCUGGUACACCAUGUGCAUGAUUCGACUGAGUCCCGACGAAGAUAAGCGACGACACAAGAUUCUGUACGAGCUCGUCAUUAUCAACAUCAUGGCCAUUGUCAUGGAUAUCGCUCUCGUGAUCCUCGAGUACCUGGGAUUCUAUUUCACGCAGAUCAUUCUCAAGGCGACCAUCUACAGCAUAAAGCUGAAGCUCGAGUUCGCCGUGCUGAGCAUGCUGGUCUCCAUCGUGCAGCCGCCUAGGUCCGACCCGCCUACUUGGGGGACGAACUGCACGAUGUCGACUUUCACCUAG